UCCCGCGACGGAUUCCACGUUUAGGAUCCGUCGGUCCUUUCUCUUGAUCACGCGGACCCGUCCGUGUAACGAGGAACCGAUGCGCUGACAGACGCCGCUUCCUCGGCUGACCAGUGGACACGUCUCGGAUUUAUCGGCGCUCGCUCCUCGAGAUCGAGUGCCGCCCGCUGGGCUUUUUUUGCGGACCGUGCGCGAGGUUUCAACUUUGUUUUCUCUUCUUUGCCGUCGACGAUGACGUCUCGACUGUGUUACGGUAUUCGAUGGAGCGACGACAGCCUCGGCGAACGAUAUUCGAAGUUUGAUAAUGACGCUUUAAAUUUCAACGCGUUAACAAUUUCGUCGUUUGAUUAUUAGGAGAAUAAUGAAACUUCGAUAUCUUGAAGGUGGCGAUCAAGUGCGAGACCCCGGUGGACCCGUACUCGUUCGUCGACGAGGACAUGUCGAUGGGCGGCAUGAGGACGGCCAGCAGCCCUGCCGGCAAUCCCGAGAACAUGACGUGUCCUUCCGGAGCGCAAGCAGGCCUAGCUACACCUACGUCGACGCCGCCUGGCCCGCUUUCCGUGCCGCAACAUCUUCAGAUGAACCUCGGUGUGAUGAACGGCGCAGUGAAUCCCCAAAUGGCGGCGCACCAGCCGAAGAAACGAGGCCGCAAAAGAAAAUCCGAGAUGAUACUCACGCCGGAAGAAGCGGAGCUAGCGGAGGCGAAGAAACGGGCAAAGACGUACAAAGAGAGGAAGAAACACGACAGAUUCGACGGCAUGCCGGAGGAGGAAGUCAGUAAACGCGUUCUUCCCGACCACCUGACCAGCAACCUCGAUAUCAUCAUAAUCGGAAUCAACCCCGGACUCUUCGCGGCUUACAAAGGCCAUCACUACGCUGGACCCGGAAACCACUUUUGGAAGUGUUUACACCUGAGCGGACUGACACCCGAACCACUCACGGCGGAUGACGAUUACAAGCUGUUGCGCUUCGGUAUCGGUUUCACAAAUAUGGUAGCUCGAGCCACUAAAGGCAGCGCCGAUCUCACCAGAAAAGAAAUCAAAGAAGGUAGCCACAUUUUGCUAGAAAAACUACGAAAAUACAAGCCGAAGAUCGCGGUAUUCAACGGAAAGCUGAUAUACGAGGUAUUCUCAGGAAAAAAGGAGUUUGGAUUCGGUAGACAACCGAACAUGGUCGACGGAACCAACACGUACAUGUGGGUGAUGCCAUCGAGCAGCGCGAGAUGCGCGCAACUGCCACGAGCGGCGGACAAAGUGCCGUAUUACGCGGCGCUGAAGAAGUUCCGCGACUACUUGAACGGCACGAUCUCCCAUCUGGAUGAGUCUGACAUCGUGUUCGCUGACUCGAAGCUGAAGAAGAAGGACCAGGAGGCCAUCGAGGACAAGAAGCCCGGUUUCUGCGACGAUCUGACGAGCGAGGGUGACGUGCGAAUUUCCGAUGUGAACGGCGCGCUCAUCAAACAGGAGCCGAAUUCGCAGAUACCGGGCAAGAAGAAGAGAGGCAGGCCGAAGAAGAUCAAAAACCCGGAGGAUCAGCCGCCUCCGGAUCCUGAAAAGCUGGACGCGAACGGGGAGGUAAUCAAGAAGCGUCGCGGGCGUCCGAAGAAGAUUCACCAGCAGCAGAAGCAGCAAGAAAGGGAAAUGCGAGAGAGGGAGCAACAGCAGCAGCAACAACAGCAACACCAGGGCAUGGGCGGACACCUCAGCGACGGAUACGGCGUGGUGCCGAACUGUUUCUCGCCGCCGAAAACAUUCGCGCACAUGGCUCCGUAUCCCCAGCCGAUGAACGAUUCCGGCUUCUACGGGCAGGGGAUGAACGACAGUCCGUACAACAUGAACGCGAAGCAGAGCCCUGUUCAUCUGCAGCACUACAGCCAAAGCCCGAAGUCGAUGUCGCUCUCGUUCACCCAUUCCGACCUCUCCUCGGAGAUCAACACCGCGAUCUCUUCGGAGAACAACUUGGAGCCGUCGCCGUUGACCUCGCCGAGCGUCGAGCACCCGGACUUCGAGCCGCCCACAAGCAUCUCCCAACAGAACAUGAACAACGAUCAUCGCCAGUACAACCCGGCCGGCAACGGCGAGAACCCGGGCCACCACGGCAGUCCCGGCACACCGUCCCACCCGAGCUACACCAGCUACAUGGGCUACCACGAGCAAGCCUCAGAGUCCCAUCAGCCCCAUCCCCAUCAGACCACCCCGACGCCGUUGAGUCAAACCACCGACGAGCACUCGCACCAUUCCCACCCAACUCCGCCGCACACACAUCCCCAUACGCCUACCCACUCGUCGAUGUCGCCGCACCACCACCCACACGAACAGUACGGCAUCAAGAGGAAUACCGGCCAGGACGUCGCAUCCAAGAGUCUCAGCGACCUGGAAUCUCUAGUCGACCAGAUACCGAGUAUAGCCGACGGUGGUAGCCAACGGCUCCAGCACGGCCAUCCAGGCUUGAACGACGACGGAUCGCUCGCGGACAAGAUGGACGCCCACCAUCAGUCCUACCUGUCCGGGUUCCCGGGCAUGCCUAACGCGGGCAUGUCCAACUACAGCCCACCCUUGGCACCCGGCGGCUCGAUUUACCCGAGCUCGUUGCACAACUCGCCGAACGACGGCUACGGUUCCCUUUAUGGUAUGAACGGUCGUCAACAUCAAGAUUCGCAACAGCAACAACAACAACAGCAGCAACAGCAGCAGCAGCAACAACAACAACAACAGCACCAACAGCAGCAGCAGCAGCAGCAGCAGCAGCAACAGCACAGCAAGUCCUACACGGUGGAGAAUCUAGCGUCGAGCAACUACACGCCGAGCAUGAAUCACGGACACCCGGGGAACUCGUACCCCAACAUCAUACCCGGGCCGCAUUACCCCGUACCGAUGGGCUCGACGAACGGCUACCUUUUCGGCGGCCUCGAGCCCAGCCUGAUGCAACGCACUUACGGGAUGAGCGGUAUGAGCGGCAUGGGAGGAAUGCACCCGUCUCUCGGCCACAUGGCUAAUCCUUAUCCGUACAAUGGCUCGUACUCUAGUUCCUUCGACGCGUACCCGGCGCCGCCGGCCGGUAUUCACGCGCCAAGCGCGAACUAUCCCGGGGGCUACACGAGCGUCGGCGGUGGCUCCACGCCCGGCACAUCCACGCCGCCAUCUUACCUCCCGUCACACCAUAGGCCGCCGGUCGACCUCGCGUACGACGGUGUAUGAUAAUCGAUGUAAAGCUACCUUGAACGGCGACAGCGUCCCGAGGCGCUAACGUUUAUCUUUUCUACGUAUUUUUACACGUUUAGAGUCCGCCACCGCCGCCGGAACCAAUCGUCGCUCGACCACGGAACGAGACGGAUGAUCCAUCCCCUUGCACGACGCGACGCUUCCUUCCGGCGCGACUUCUGCUGCCGCGAUUCCGAAAUCGCGAAACCCCUUUCUUCUUCUUCUUCUUCUUCUACUACUACUACUACUUCUUCUUCUUCGUAUUCUUCCUCUUUCACCCUUUCCGACUACCCGAACCGUGUUUCACUCGUUUCUGUCCUGCUGCGCUCUACGCUCCGCUCUGCACCGUUCCGCCAAGCGUUUCCCGUUUCCGGUUUCCGUUUCCCUUGCGGGUAACCCAUCUUCCUCCGUGUCAUUCAUCGUUUGAUGGUGGAUAUCCACGAGGAUACAAAUCCUUGGAUGUUCGUUAACGGAGAACUGGAACGUUCCCGCGUCCAGACGAAAGGAAGAUCUCGUUACCCCGUUGGAUCAGAGUUCUCGUUGCACCGACUUUCAAGUAUAUUCGUUGCAUAGAGUCCGCAGUUCGCUCAAGAUUCACUAAGCUGCGGGUAGCCGUGGACCCCUGGAAAGCCGUCGAGGAGGGGGACGAGGAAUGAAUCGGAUCUCAUUCGCGGGAACGUCGAACGACCAAGACCGAGCGUGCUUGCGAUGCUGUCCGCAUCGAAUAGAUCCUCGACGGAACCGUCUUUCUAUUCUGUAAUGCUUCUCGCGUCUAACGCGCCCCGUUAAGACCGUGCCACAAACAGAGCGGCAAAGCGGUGAGUGGCAAACAUCAAGGUUUCACUGC